AUGAGUUUCAUUACCCGCAGAGCUCUUUCCACCCUCAUCCCUCCUAAGGUUGCCUCUCCAUCCGGACUCGGCGCCGCCAAAGAUGCUGCCCGCAUGCAACGUGUAGUUAGCUUCUACGAGAAACUUCCCCGCGGACCAGCACCAGAGAUCAAGGUCAAGGGAUUGAUGCGCAAAUAUCAGGCCAAGCACUUCGGCAAGGACCCUUCUGCUACACCCAUCAUCCACGCCUUGAUCCUUUUGGUUGGUAUUGGUUAUGCUCAGAACUACUACUUCCAUUUGCGUCAUCACAAGAACAAUGCUCACUAG